CCGCCCACACUGCUUGCGUGCUAACACGUCAUCAGAGGAAACAGGAAACGUACUGGAGGAGUCGCUGUCAGCUUACCAAAACAAUAACAAUUCACGCUUUGUUUUUAUUGCCAUUUUUUAUGACUUAUUAGCCUGGAAAGAGCACGAGAGCGACCCCGUGGUAAACGUAGCCGUAAGACCAGGAUGAAAAAGUAGAAAUCGCUGAGUCGUGGCUGGUUGGCGCUGGCUAAUUUUGCUUAGUAAGUCUGAGCUAACGUUAGCCUAGCCUAGCUGUUAGCCUAGCUGUUAGCCUAGCAGGAGGGUAGCCGAGCUGCUCCAUGGCGGCGCCAGGCGGCCCGGACCAGGCGGCCUCCUCCGGCUCCCAGCCCGCAGGGAGGCCGCCUCUCCGCUCCCAUCCCCUGCAUGCGACGCCCCCCGCCCCGGGCUCCGUGAUGGUGGAGUCGGUGGACGACGCGGAGGGUCUGUACGUGGCUGUGGAGCGCUGUCCGCUGUGCAGCACCGCCCGCCGGAGGCUGACCUGUGCCCGGUGCGUCCAGGCCGGAGACUUCGUGUACUUCGACGGAAGGAACCCAGAAAGGUACAUGGAGAAGCUGGAGAGGCUGAAAAAGCUGAAGGAGGAGAAGGAGCAGCUUCAGCAGAGAGUCCUCCAGGCCAUGGACAAGAAGCUGCAGGCCGAUCAGAUGAAAUGGAAGAUCAUGUCGUGUAAGAUGAAGAUCGAGCAGCUGAAGGAGGCGAUCAGCUGGGGCAACGAGGAGGUGAAGAGCGAUAAGGAGCUGCUCCUGCACGCCCAGGAGGAGAGCCAGCGGCUGCAGCGGCGGGCCGGACGCCACCAGGAGAAACGGGACAAAAUCGAGCGUCACAACCGGCGUCUGGGUGAGCUGCUGGAGCGGCGUGGGCGUGAGCUGGCGGCGCGGCUGGGCCAGCUGGCGGCGCUGCGCCGGGAGCACAUCCUGGAGCUCACGGGCCACAUCUUCCCCACGCAGGAGGAGAAGCAGGGCAGCAGAGACCCCGCGGACGUGGUGGCGGAGUGCGACCCGGCGCUGACCUCCAGCACGGUGAGCGAGCUGGCGGAGGCGCGGCGCACCACCUACCUGUCGGGCCGCUGGAUCUGGGACGACCAGAACGGAGAGACCAGCAUCAGCAUCACGGGGCCGCCCGUCACGCUGCCUAGCAACGGAGACUGCUCCGCCUACUACAGCUGGGUGGAGGAGAAAAGCUCCAAUCAGGGGCCAGAGUUGGACCACAUCAACCCGGCUCACACCAUCAGCGCGGCGCUGUGCUACGCCACCCAGCUGGUCAACAUCCUGUCCCACAUCCUGGACGUCAACCUGCCCAAGAAGCUCUGCAACAGUGAGUUCUGUGGAGAGAACCUGAGCCGCUAUCGCUUCACCAGAGCCCUGAGCAAGCUCAACACCAACAUCCUGCACCUGUGCUUCUCCCAGCAUGUAGACAGUGAGAAGCUCCAUCCUCAUCACACUCUGAGAAACAUCAUGUUCCUGGUUGCCCCUGACAACCACAACCUGGGCAGGACGGGCCCGUUCGAGGUGAGCGCCGACCUGGAGGAGUCGAUGGAGUUUGUGGAGCCGGAGGCGGCCGGGCCGGCGGAGGAGAGCGGCGACGAGGCGGUGACGGACGAGGAGACGGACCUGGGGACGGACUGGGAGACGGUGCCCAGCCCGCGCUUCUGCGACAUCCCCUCACAGUCCAUGGAUCUUUCCCAGAGUGCACUGCUGCAGGUCUCCCAGCCAGCCGCCAACGCUGGAGGGAUGAUCUCCUCUGCCGCCGCCUCCGUCACUUCCUGGUUGAGAGCGUACACCGGCCAGCGCUGACCGGACCGGAUCAGACCGGACCAGACCGGAACAGAGUGACUGGGACUCAUUUGAUUUGAACUGGCCCGGACUGGUUUGAUGCGGUUUGGACUGGAACAGGACACAGCGGCUGCAGAGGGUGUGACCAGCAGGUGGCGCUCAGCUGACACUUUAAGGGGAGCCUGGGAGGAGCCUGGGAGGAGGCGGAGCCUGGGAGGAGCCUGGGAGGAGCCUGGGAGGAGGCGGAGCCUGGGAGGAGCCUGGGAGGAG